AUGAUCCUGCUGCUGCUUACAGUGAAGUGGUUGUAUGAAGGUGAAACUGUGGACGAAGGAAACAAAGACAUAGAGACACAGUCACAGUCUGUCUGCUCAGCUACUGUCACGUUUCCUUCCUCUUAUCUCAAGAAGCCAAAGUAUGAUGAGCUAUUUAAGUGUGAAGUGACUGAUGGUUACAGCACAGAAGAGAAGCUGUUCACCUUCAGCCCUCAGUCCUCAGCUGUGAUUGGACAGUUCUCCUCUGUCACUGUCAGAGAUGGAGGAGACGUCACUUUGUCUUGUGAAAAUCUGUUUGAUGAUCAGGAUGAAUGUGACAGUCCUGACUGGACCUUCAGACGUUCAACAUACACAGCAAAGCUGGUUAAACAUGGUCAGAUCAGUGAAGAAGCCAAAUCUAAAUCAGACAGACUGAGUGUUACAGAGAACUGUUCUCUGGUUAUAGAGAAGGUCACAGUUGAGGAUGUUGGUCGUUACGACUGUCGACAGUUUGAUGAAUCAGGACGGCAACAAGGUCCAGACUCUGUGGUUCAUCUGUCUGUUGUUACCAUGACUGGACGUAAGGAUUAUGAUAAGGUGACGUUGUCCUGCUCUGUGUCCACACAUGACUGGUGCAGACACACAGUGAAGUGGCUGUAUGAGGGUGAAACUGUGGACGAAGGAAACAAAGACAUAGAGACACAGUCACAGUCUGUCUGCUCAGCUACUGUCACGUUUCCUUCCUCUUAUCUCAAGAAGCCAAAGUAUGAUGAGCUAUUUAAGUGUGAAGUGACUGAUGGUUACAGCAAAGAAGUGAAGCUGUUCACCUUCAGCCCUCAGUCCUCAGCUGUGAUUGGACAGUUCUCCUCUGUCACCGUCAGAGAUGGAGGAGACGUCACUUUGUCUUGUGAAAAUCUGUUUGAUGAUCAGGAUGAAUGUGACAGUCCUGACUGGACCUUCAGACGUUCAACAAACAGAGCAGAGCUGGUUAAACAUGGUCAGAUCAGUGAAGAAGCCAAAUCUAAAUCAGACAGACUGAGUGUUACAGAGAACUGUUCUCUGGCUAUAGAGAAGGUCACAGUUGAGGAUGUUGGUCGUUACGACUGUCAACAGUUUGAUGAAUCAGGACGACAACAAGGUCCAGACUCUGUAGUUUUUCUGUCUGUUGUUACCAUGACUGAACAUCAGGACGAUGAUGAGGUGACGUUAAACUGCUCUGUGUCCACAUAUGAACAGUGUAAACACACAGUGAAGUGGCUGUAUGAGGGUGAAACUGUGGACAAAUAUAUCAAAAGCAUGAUGAUAUUACCGUCUGACUGUUCAGACAUUGUGACCUUUACAACUUCUCAUUAUAUUUACAAAUCAAAGAAUUCUGAGUCCUUCAGGUGUAAAGUGACAGAUAACAACAGUGGAAACGUGCAGCAGUUUACCUUCAGUACUUCUGCCUCAGGACAGGAAACAGGUUGGCUUCGUGUUGUCAUUGUGACAGUAGGUUUAUUAGUGCUCAUAAUAUCUGUUGUGGCAGUGAAUACAUGGAAGAGAACUGAAGGGAACAAAACACAGAUGGAUGAAAACAAUGUUCUGAGUGGAGAUGAUGAUGAUGCAGUGAUCUGCAGCUCUGUGAAAGCUCCUUCCUCUUGUGUUUGAGCCUCCGCUGAUCCCUGUGACCUCUAUGCUACCGUCAACAAACCAAACAUAUGAUUAAACAGUACAUUUACAUUUUAUAUCACCACAGUUAUUUUGCACUCAUGACUGAUCAG